UGGCGGCGGGCUGCGGGGCGAUGUUGGACGGCAACGGGACGUGCUCGGAUUGCCGCUUCUUCCACCACGAGGCGCGCCACUCCUUGGCCGCCGUGCUCAUCUUCACCAUCGUCGUGGACAUCCUGGGCAACGUGUUGGUGAUCGUCUCGGUGCUGAGGAACCCCAAGCUCCGCAACGCCGGCAAUCUCUUUGUUGUCAGCUUAUCUGUGGCAGACCUCGUGGUGGCAAUAUACCCCUACCCUCUCAUCUUAAGUGCCAUCUUCCAUAAUGACUGGACAAUGGGUGACAUUCACUGCCAGAUCAGUGGCUUCCUUAUGGGGCUGAGCGUGAUUGGUUCCAUUUUCAACAUCACGGCCAUAGCAAUCAACAGGUACUGUUACAUUUGCCACAGCCUCUGGUAUGACAAACUGUUUAAUCUGAAAAACACCUACUGCUACCUUUGCCUGACAUGGCUGCUCACCUUGGUGGCGAUUGUGCCGAACUUCUUUGUGGGCUCCCUGCAGUACGAUCGUCGGAUUUAUUCCUGCACAUUUACUCAGACUGUCAACAUGUCGUACACUAUUGCUGUGGUAGCCAUUCACUUUAUUAUCCCUCUAACCAUCGUCACUUUUUGCUACCUCCGAAUUUGGAUUUUGGUGAUCCAAGUCAAGCACCGGGUCCGGCAGGACUGCAAUCAGAGGCUAAGAUCAGAGGACAUCCGGAACUUCUUGACCAUGUUCGUGGUGUUUGUCCUCUUUGCAGUUUGCUGGGGGCCACUGAACCUCAUCGGCCUGGCUGUCUCUAUUAAUCCUUCUAAAAUAGUACCAUGGAUCCCAGAGUGGCUUUUUGUGGUGAGCUACUUUAUGGCUUACUUUAACAGCUGCCUCAAUGCCGUGAUAUACGGCCUCCUCAACCAGAACUUCCGGAAUGAGUACAAAAGGAUCCUGAUGGCUCUGCGGACUCCCCGUCUGUUGUUUGUGGAUUGGUCAAAAGGUGGGACGGAGGGAGCGAAAAGCAAACCAUCUCUCGCCGUGACAAACAACAACAAUAAUCAGGCUGAAAUCGACUUGUGAAGAAAAGGAACAUUAUUUAAUAUUGCUGUAUUUGUAUAUACUGUGUAAAACAUUUUCUACUUAGUAUACUCCAGAGCCUAAUGUUGACAGUCCUUCCUCAUUCAAAUAUUUUUCCCCCUCUUUUUUUCAAAAUGGUGGCAUAUUCACUAUGGUUUAUGGGAGCUGCUUUGUGGAUUAUUAAAGGGUGUUGGCUGAGUGUAUGAGGUGGGAAGUCCCUGGAUCCUGUCUCAGUUCAGCAUAGCUGAGGUUGGAUCCAGUCUAAAUGUUCCUGAAGGAUGUCCAGCUGGCCUUGACCAGGGUCAGGGCUUUCUUGGUGGAACACUCUAUGAGAGCUGGACCCUGUAGGACCUGAUGCAAUUCUGCAGGGCCUGUAAGACAGAGCUGUUCUUCCUGGCAUAUGGUUGAGCCAGCUUUGGCAGCACAUUCUGGAUGGCUUUUAUCUUCUCUGUCUCCUCUCUGGGCUUUUAUCAGGGCAGGUAUGGGAUAAUAUGGGAACAAUUAAAUCGCCAUCUGGUUUUUAAUGGAUUAUUUAUGGUUUUAUGUUAAAUUGUAUGUGGCCCUUUUGGUCCUUGGUUUUAAAUUGUAUUUUGAUAUGUUGUGAGCUGUUCUUUUUUUAAAAAUUUUAUUGAUAUUUUGGAUUGUUACAGAUUGAUAUUAU